AUGGAGAAAUCAGCACGACCACGGACGGCUCUGAAUGAGUGUGUUAAAGUGGUGGUGCGAUGUAGACCGCUCUCGGAAAGAGAGAAGAACGAGGGUCAUGAUGAGGUGGUGAGGGUGUGGGCGGAGCGCGGCGCCGUGCAGGUGUACAACCCCAAGGGCCAGGACAAACUAUUCACAUACGAUGCCGCCUACGACUGUACCGCCGACACGCAGACCAUCUACGAUGAGAUGGUACGACCACUGGUCGCGUCCGUUCUGGACGGGUUCAAUGGCUGCGUGUUCGCGUACGGACAGACGGGCACGGGCAAGACGCACACGAUGGAGGGCACGCCGGACCACGAGGGCAUCAUCCCGCGCGCCUUCCGGCACAUCUGGACGCACAUAGAGAACAACGCCUCGCCCGACAUCACGCACCUAGUGUCCUGCUCCUAUGUGGAGCUCUAUCUCGAAGAUGUCAGAGAUCUGCUCUCGAAAGACUGCAAGAAGCUCACAAUUAGAGGGCAGGAGCUGAACGGGUUCUACAUCCCGGAGAUGACAUCGGUGGUGUGCAAGUCGGCGGCGGAGAUGGUGCGGGCGAUGCGCGCCGGCAACCGCAACCGCGCGGCCGCCCGCACCGACAUGAACGAGCACUCCUCGCGCAGCCACGCCGUGUUCCUCGUCACCGUCGAGACCGCGCACCGCACCACCAACAGGAUACGAUGUCCUAUAAUAAUUGAUCGGUAUGUCGGCCGUCCUCCGUCCGCGGCGGUCGGCACUAGUGGAUGCGAUCCUGCCGCGGGCGGACGAGCUGGCGGCCUUCGCUCCUAUGAUACGUGUUACACUUUGCAUCUGAAAGAUGGCGGGUUUGUUUUGAUCCGGACAGUGUUGUGUGUUGUGAUGUGGUCGCAUUGCUGCUUCGAUAACUAUCGUUUCUGGAUGAGCGUGGGCAAGCUGAACCUGGUGGACCUGGCGGGCAGCGAGCGGCAGCGCAAGACGGGCGCGGGCGGCGAGCGCCUGCGCGAGGCGGCGCGCAUCAACCAGGCGCUCUCCUCGCUCGGGAACGUCAUCUCCGCGCUCGCCGAGAACAGCCCGCACGUGCCUUACAGAGACUCGAAGCUGACUCGCAUACUGCAGGACUCGCUGGGCGGCAACAGCAAGACCAUCAUGAUCGCAAACAUCGGCCCGGCCUCGUACAACUACGACGAGACCAUCACCACGCUGCGAUACGCGCACAGGGCUAAAGCGAUAAAGAACAAGCCGGUGCGCAACGAGGACCCCAAGGACGCCAAGCUGCGCGAGUACCAGGCGGAGAUCGAGCGCCUGCGCGCGCUCAUCGAGCAGCGCCGCAAGCGCGCCGCCCGCCCCCGCGCGCCGCGCGCCCCCGCGCCCGCGCCCGCGCCCGCGCCCGCCGACCACGAGCACAGCCUCGCCGAGUCCACCAUCGAGCAGGAGAAGACCAAGACCGAGGAGCUGGAGCACCAGAUCAGGGCGCUGGAGGAGCGCCUGGUGCAGGGCGGCGGCGGCAAGGACCUGCUCAACAAUCUCAACGAGACCCAGAUCAUCCUCGAGCAGCGCAACAUGGAGAUCGCGGAGCGCAAGAAGCGCGAGGUCGAAAUGCAGCAGAAGAUCGACCUCGAGGAGGAGACCACCGCCAUCGUCACCAACACCUUCGCAACGCUGCAGCAGGAGGUCGACCACAAGACGCAGAGACUGAAGAAGUGCCUAUCGAAGUACACGUGCCUGCGCGAGGAGAUGGUGGAGCAGCGCGAGGCGCACGACGCGGAGCGCCGCGAGCACGAGGCGCUGCAGGCGGCGCUCAUCGCGGAGCUGCGGCGCCGCCUGCUGCUGGCCGACAGCUUCGUGCCCGAGGCGGGCCGCGCCACCGUGCUGCGCCUGCGCUACAACGAGGACGCCGACGCCUGGGAGCUGCCCGCGCACGCCGCCGACCCGCCGCCCGCGCGCCCGCGCGCCGCGCCCGCCGCCGCGCGCACGCGCUGCUGGCGCUGCGCCCGCUGCCGCUGCCGCCCACCGCGCGCCGCUACGUGCCGCCCGCCGCCGCCGCCGCCCGCCGCCGCCCGCCCCGGGCGCACCCCAAGGUACGGCGCGCGGAGACGACGCCACGCGAUGGACGUAGUGUCUAAGAAGGAGGUAGCAGCAGAGAGCAGGCGCAUGAGCGCGCGGCGCGCGCCCUCCGCGCACCCGCGCCUGGGCACGGCCGGCGUGCGG